UUCCACAAUCACGGCUCGAAGCACGUUUGAAUAUAUUAACGUGACUUAUUUCGCCAAGCAUCUACAUAUUUUUCUACAAAUUCAGUUAUUUUGAUUUCAAAUGCCCGACUAGUCUCCAAGUCCAGAAUUUAUAUGACAUCAGCGGAUGAAUUUGUCAAAAACGAACCAUGUUGCUUCCCCAACAUAUCGAUCAAUACCAAAUCAACCCUAUAAAAAUAAUACUACACACAAACUCAACCUUCUUACCCUUAAUUUUUUUCUUCAACAAACGCCACAAUGGCCGUCACGAAAAGCCUCUCCAUCUUCCUCUUCAUCGCCAUAAGCUGCGUGGCCGUAGCUCAGGCAGCGAACUUCAACAUCACAAACAAUUGCACCUACACGGUGUGGGCCGCCGCCGUGCCCGGCGGCGGCUCAAGGCUUAACCCUGGCGAAUCGUGGAACAUCAGCGUGACGAACGGCACGACAGGAGGACGCAUCUGGGGUCGAACAAACUGCACCUUCGACAACGCAGGACGCGGGAAGUGCCUCACCGGCGACUGCGACGGUGUUCUUGAGUGCAACAAAACAGGUACACCUCCGAACACGUUGGUGGAAUUCGCGUUGAACCAGUACAACAACCUCGACUUCUACGACAUCUCCCUCGUCGACGGUUUCAACAUUCCCUUGCAGGUGAGCCCGACCUACAACUGCAGCUCCGUGAAAUGCGCCGCCGACAUCAUCGGAGAGUGUCCCACUCAGCUUCAGGUUCCCGGCGGCUGCAACAACCCGUGCACGGUUUUCAAUACGACUCAGUACUGUUGUAGCACCGGUGCUGCGGGUUGCGGUCCCACUGAUUAUUCCAAGUUCUUCAAGGAGAGGUGUCCAGAUGCCUUUAGUUACCCUAUGGAUGACGCAAGCAGCAUGUUCACUUGCAUGGGAGGAUCUGAUUAUAGGCUUGUGUUUUGCCCUUAAUUAAUUCAUCAUCAACUGCUUUUAAAUUUCGUGAUUCCUAUUCGUCUUAUUGUUGUAUACUUUGGUUUGUGUGUUAUUAUUUUAUCACCAAAUAAAAGAGUUCUUGGGGGCUUUGUGCGCGCAUCUCUCUGGCGGGAUGUGCUCUCUUUCUCCUAAAAUAACUAAUAAACUUUUACAUAGUUAAAUUAAUUCACGUGACUGUAAGCAAACGUUCUAUUAGAGUCCUAGUGUGUUUUUUAUUUAUGAUUCAUUACAAAAAAAUCGGAUACCAUGGAUGAUCGAUCUAGAUUUCGAAAGAGGAAAUUAAUGUUAAUUUUUUCUUA